CAUAAUUGUAUUUUUAUGACUGAUUCAUCUUCAUAUUAAUAUAGCAUUAAUGAAGGCUAAUAUGAAGCUAAAAUAGGUGAAAAGUUGAAAAACAAUCAAUAUUAAAUUAUCAAAUGGUUAGGAGAUGGAACAUUCUCAAAAGUUUGGUUAGUAAAAGAUUUAGUAAACUCAUAUCAUUAUGCACUAAAGAUAUAAAGUUCAUUAUAUUCAGAUGCAGCCAUGGAAGAAAUAGAAAUUUUAAAGUAUUUUUAUGAUAUUAAUUUAGAAUUUUGAAUUAAAAUGAAAAUUCAUCUUAAUGGAUUAACAUUUAAAAAAAUUUUAUUGGGAAUUAAUAAUCAACACAUUGUGUAAAAAUGAUUGAUUCUUUUGUUCAUGUUGUUGAUGAUACAUUACAUUAUUGUGUAAUAAUGGAAAUUUUGGGACCUACUUUAUUGGAUUUAAUUAGAUUCUAUGAAAAAAAAGUUUAUGAUAUUAUUAUUAUUAGCAUUCUAGUAUAAGUCUAUAAUUAGGGAAAGAGAUAACUAAAUAAAUAUUGAUUGGAUUGAUUUAUGCUCAUGAUGUAUGUUAAAUUAUACAUACUGACAUAAAACCAGAAAACAUUAUGAUUGAAUUAAAUGAACAAUAAUUAAAGUAGUUAAUAAAUGAAGAUGAAGCUGAAGAUUAGAAAAAAAAGUAAUAAGAGAAAAUAUUUAGAGAAUUAAAUUGAAUAAUAUAAAUGUUGGUGAUACUUUUAUUUGGAAUGAGAAUGUGAUUAUCAAUGUAAACACUGACCUUAAAUUUAAAUUAGUUGAUUUUGGAAAUGCUUGUUAAACUAAUUAAUAAUUUGAGGAAAUUUAAACAAAGGAAUAUAAAUCUCCUGAAUCUAUUAUAUAAGCUAAAUAUUAAACAAAUACAGAUAUUUGGUCUUUAGCAUGUGUAAUAUUUGAAAUCUUAACAAAUAAUUACUUAUUUUAACCUGAAGGAGAUACUGAAGAAGAAGAAAUGGAUGAUUUAUUAGCAAUGAUGAUAGAAUUGAUUGGACUACCAAAUUAAAGUUUCUUAAGUAAAGGUUAAAGAAGUAAUUUAUAUUUUGAAAAUGAUGGAAAUUUAAAAAGAAUUAAAGUAUUUUAUUUAUAUUUAUAAAAGGAAUUACAAAAAGUCAAUCUUACUAAUACAUUGAUUAAUGAAUACAAUUUUGAAAAAAAAGAAGCAUAAAAGUUAGAAGAUUUUAUUCUCUUUGCAUUAAAGUGGGAUCCUCUUGAGAGACCAUCUUCUUAAAUUAUGUUCUUUCAUCCUUGGCUUAGAUAAUGA